AUGAUAUUGAUGGAUCAGCAGGGUGCUAAGAUACAGGCCUCGAUAAAAAAGAAGCUAAUCUCCGAUUUUAAAAAUGUCAUGGAAGAAGGAACAGUAAGAGUCAUAAGUGAUUUUGCAGUGGGUUCCAAUUCUAGAAGCUAUAUGUUGGUCAAUCAUCCGUUCAAGCUUAACUUUUAUAAGACAACAAAGGUCAAAGUUUCGGAUGAUUUUGCUGAGAUCAUCAAUCCAUAUGUCUUUCCAAGCUUCGGUGAUUUGCUUAUGAGAAAUCUGGAUAUGCGUGUUGCUUUUGAUAUCGUUGGUUUGGUAGUUUCUAUUGAUCCUAUGCAUGUCACUCAGGAGGAUGGGAGGGAAAAGCAAAAAUGA